AUGGCUACCCCUAGUGUCCUCGCUUUUGAGGCUGAGGGUCGGGCCAUUGACUUUGAGGUCUGGGUAGACGACCAGCAGCUGUUCUUACAGUGCGAUAGGGCAGACGGCCUCUCUCUCUUUGACCUUACCUCUGGCGCUUCCCCUGCCCCUGCUGCUGAUGCUGACGCCACUGUUCGCUCCCAGUGGGCCACGCGCGACGCUGCUGCACGUCUUGCUGUGUGUCGCCACCUCCCUACCUCCGAGCAUGCGCACUUUAGUCAGUACAAGAGUGCUCAGACCUUGUACGACGCUGUAGUCGCGCGCUACUCCUCCCCUGCCACUGCUGCACUGAGCCGUCUCAUGCUACCGUACCUCUUCCCUGACCUUGCUGCCUUUCCCACCAUGGCUGACCUCAUUACGCACCUCCGCACUAGUGACACUCGCUACCGUGCUGCACUCCUUGCUGACUUCUGCGCCAAGAACCCCCCCCCCAUGUACAUCACUCUGUACUUCCUAGUCACUCGCCUUUCUGACUCCCUUCGAGUAGUCACGGACCACUUUCUCUCAGUCUGUCCCACCACACUCACUGUCGACCUCCUCGAGAAGGCCCUCUUAGCAGCGGAGAAGAGUAAAGUCGCUGUAGGAGCCUCUGAAGGUGACCCGCGCACCCCCAUCUUUGAGGGUCGGUCGGUGCGGCGUCUGCCCCUAGCGGGAGACGCCACCCUGGCAAGGGCAAGGGGGGCAAGGGAGCUGGAGGAGCGGGCGGUGGAGGUGGAGGUGGAGGCGGUGGGGGUAGUGGGGGUGGCGGUGGGAGUGGAGGUGGGGCUGGGGGGGUCGGUGGCGGCAAUGGAGGCGGAGGCGGCGGCGGCGAUGGCGGUGGGAGCGGAGGUGGCGGAGGAGGCGGCGGUGGAGGCGGCGGCAGCAGCGGAGGCCGCGGAGGCGGUGGGGGUGCCGGUGGAGCUGGUCGCGGGUCUUCAGAGAGGAGUGGCUCCGGUAGUGGCGCGCGCCAGCAGCAGCAGCGCGGUCGUGAGACCCUGUCCCCUUAGCAGCUUCGGGAGUGGUACACUGCACGCCAGCGGGGUGGGGGUUUUGGUCCGUGCACCUACGUCCUGCGCACCGGCGACCGUGCGGCUGUCUAGGGAAGGUGUUGCCAUCUUUGAUCUUGACUUUGAUGCUAUUCUCUCUGCCAUGUAUGCUGUGUCUCAUAGUGAUGAGGGUGAUUGCUACCGCUGUUUCCCGCCCGAUCCGGGCAUUGAGGUUGCUGCCCUAGGUGCUUGCGACGCUGCUGCUCUAGGUGCUAGUGUGUCUGCGUCCUCAUGUACUGGUGAGUCUGCGCUCUCAGGUACUACGUCGGCUUCGGCCUCCCUCACCUUCACCCUUGACUCUGGGGUGUCUCGCUCCUUCUUUCGGGACCGCACCACACUCACGCCAAUUAGUCGGCCGGUUGCGGUGUCUCUGGCUGACCCCUCCGGGGGUCCUGUGCUGUCUCGCUUCUCCACAGUCCUCCCGUGUCCAGCGGCUCCCUCUGGCACCCUGUCUGGUCUCUACCUCCCCUCGUUCUCGACAAACUUGGUGAGUGGUGCUGACCUACAAAAUGGGGGAGUACACCAGUUCACUCCUGCGCGUCAGCGGGUGACGCACUGUACAGAGGCUAGCACAGGCCGGCACCUGGCUACGUUUACCCGUCAGCCGGGGUCGAGCCUGUACACACUGACCACUGCGUCUCCUCCCGUUACUGAGUCUGGUAGAGUCGCUUUGUCCGGUCAGGUGUUUGCUGCAGCGUCUAGGUCUGGUCGUGAGUCUGCCCCCUGUUCGUGUCGUCUCUUGUCUCAUGAGACUCUCCUCUGGCACCACCGUCUUGGUCACCCCUCUCUGCUUCGGCUCAAAGGCAUGGCCUCCCGUCUUCUUGUGUCUGGUCUCCCCCGGUCCCUCCCUCCCCUUCCUCAGGGCCCUAGCCCUGCCUGUGUCUCCUGUAUCGAGGGGCGCCAGCGGGCUGCCCCUCACUCCUCCCAGUUUCCUCUGACAGAGGCCCCGUUGCAGACGCUUCACAUGGACGUGUGGGGCCUUGCCCGCGUCCGUGGACAGGGUCACGAGCGCUACUUCCUGCUCCUUGUUGACGACUACUCGCGUUACACCACGGUCUUCCCCUUGCGCAGCAAGGGUGAUGUCACUGAGGUGCUGAUCGACUGGAUCCGCGCGGCUCGUCUCCUGCUCAGGCGGAGCUUUGGCUCGGACUUCCCUGUUCUGCGUCUGCACUCGGACAGAGGCGAAGAGUUUUCCUCUGGCCUACUGCGAGCCUACUGUCGCGCACGAGGCAUCCGUCAAAAUGGGAUAGCUGAGCGCCGCAUUGGCAUGGUCAUGGACGUCGCUCGUACGUCUAUGAAACAUGCGGCUGCCCCACAUUUUCUGUGGCCGUUUGCGGUCAGGUACGCGGCGCAUCAGAUCAACCUCCACCCCAGGGUCUCCAGGCCGGAGACCUCCCCAGCCUUACUGUGGACGGGGAAGGUUGGCGAUGCGUCUGCGUUCCGGGUCUGGGGAUCUCGGGCGUUUGUCCGCGACUUGUCUGCGGACAAGCUAUCCCCUCGUGCUGCUCCUUGCGUCUUCCUGGGGUUCCCCCCUGACGCGCCUGAGUGGCAGUUCUACCACCCCACCUCUCGACGUGUCCCCCCCAGGUAG